AUGAGUAACAAACGAAAUCGCCGUAAUUUGUUGUGGAUAACAUGUUUCUGUGCUGAAUCACGAGCCGCUGUGCUAGAGGAGGCAGAUGAGAAGUUGGUGCGUCUUAUCCAGAAAGGCAACCUACCAAUUAUCGAACGAGCUCUACGCCGACUCCGGCGUCCCUUAAACGAAGUUACAUUAGUUGUCAAACGUCGACAUCUGAGUACAGCCUACCCAUGUCUUGUAGACCAUCGAGCAGCUGGCAGCGAUCCUUUCAUAAACUUUUACCAAGAGUGUUCACCAGUCCUUUGGGCUGUUGACUGUUUGCAAUGGCAAGUCCUCCCACUCUUAGGACAUCACGGCUAUGAUAUCAACCGUCCGCAAACAUGUCGAAGAUGGACCCAUAUUUGUGGCCCGAGUUCACGUCCAAACUCAGCUCCCUAUCGCCGAUUUUGGACUUGUGGGCGUUACACAUAUCAAUCUGCUUUGGAUUAUUUCUUUGCUAGCAUUUACGAAUUUCUAGGGGAACAGCCGUCUACCUAUAACGGAUUAAGUGGUCCCAGUCCAUUGGCUUUCUAUUUUUCUCACUUACCUGCGAUUUUAACCAAAGGAGUCGAUGUCCAUCGAAUUGAUUCUGUGAUUAUUUUUAACUCCCUUGCUGCUAGUUACGAUGAGUUCUUAUGUCGAUACACCAAUGAGUACGCCAUUGUACCGGAUAUACCAGAGAAUGAUGAUGCUUUUGUAGAGAUGACAGCAGUCAAACACCUGGUGGAGAAUGGAUUCUCCCAAUUCGAAUGCAUGGAUUAUUUGUACCCUUGUUGCAACUGGUUUGGGAUUUUGCUGUGCUUGAUAUGUCACCCGAAAAUAGACAGUUAUGGAACCAACCUCCUACCUCCCAUCAUUCGACAUGCAGCGUUGUUGCUGACAAACUUGUUGCUACUUAAGUGUACAUUCCCCUCAGCAGAGGAGUUCAGUGAAGCUCUAGAGAAUCUUCAUCUACGAAAGGUCUAUUCCAAACGCUACUGCGAACGUCGUGAUGAGUUCAAUCGACGCCUGUCCAACCUACACCAAGUGUGUCAGUCUAUGGUUCUACAACCACUAAGUCUGAAAAUUUUAGCUCGGAAUGCUGUACGGAAACAGCUGGGUGGAGUCGACUUUUGCCGAAAACUCGCUUCGCUCUGUCUCCCUCCACAACUACACUCAUUUGUACAAUACAUCAAUCAAGAACACCUGAAAGCUAUUGAAAUGCCAAAACAGUUGAUUCGGUUGGCACAGGGGGAGUGGGUUGAGUACAGUCUCGAUCGUCGUAGGUCCGAUCGUGAGGAUCAAAGUGACAGCUGCUGGCAUCAUAGCACUCCAUCGACAAACAACCAUCAAACCAACAGUUCUGUGGAAGAUUUUAUUCAAGUUGAUGUUGAACGUCCUCAUCGAGAUUCCUCACGGCACCCUGUCCCUGAGGGCUGUGAAUUUGAAAAUUCAUUCAUAUCUCCCCCCUGGCCCAGGCUUCUUCGCCGAGGACGCACUUCAGAAAGGCAACAUCUCGCAGCAACACGACGUCUCGCGUUGAAUCACCAAUAUUCGGGAAACACGAGAAACAUCAGAGUACGUCCAUCUUCUGCACCCGUACUAAGUUCCUCCGUGUUUUCGGAUUACUAUUCGUAA